GACACUUUGGAUCGUUAUCCGCUUCCUAGCUAACCUGGGUCUAUGCAGAUGUCCUGAAUGGCGGAAUGGUCGCCCUCGCUAUCUUUACACUCAAUAUAUUCCAUCCAGGAUUCCUUAUUCUCCCCAUUCAGCGCCGCUUCUACCUUCUAUGUGCGACACCUUCGUAUGAGAAGGCAUGGAGGCCUUGGGAUUGAUGUGAGAAAUUGCGCGGGAUAGUCCACUUGUCGCCGUACAUAUCAUCCGAUGAAUGGGUGGUGGCAGCCUUAUUCACGCAACCGAAGCUGUGUCAGAUUUGAUAAACGACUCAUACUACCACCACCCUUUCCAGGCAUGUCUGAGCCAGAUCUGAUCCCACUUGCAUCUCUGUCGCAUUUUAUCACAACCACAGCAUAAAGUUCGCAGUCUUGACUGAUAGAGAAGGCUGUUCGAGGGCUUGAUAUACUCGAGUGACAUUUGUGAACAGUGUAUACCCAAUACCUCGUCUCCUGCAGCCAUGUCUCCCGGUCUCACGUACGAUGCUACGAUUGCCACGAUUACAAGGCUAGUGCCCGACCCCGGACUACAUAACCCCCGUCUCGGCAUCGUCUGCGGGUCUGGACUGAGCACGCUGGUUUCCAGCCUCAAGAAUGUCGUGCAGAUAUCAUACUCAAAACUAGAGGGUUUCGCGGACAGUACAGUUGUGGGACAGAAAAGUGCCCUGGCCUUUGGCUACAUCGGCAAGGACAACUACCCUGUCGUUGCCAUGCUUGGACGUUUCCAUCCGUACGAAGGUUACAAGCCAGCGACAGUGACUUAUGGCAUUCGGGUCAUGAAGAGACUGGGAGUCAAGGAUGUGAUCAUUACCAACGCAGCUGGUUCCCUGACGCCAGAGAUACCCGUCGGAACUAUUGUGGUUGUCCAGGACCACUUUGCACUGCCUAACUUGACGGGGAUGAGCCCGUCAUUCGGACCCUUGAUGUCUAAAGAAUACCCGCGGUUUUUGCCCUUGAGUGACGCUUAUUCCACUCGUUUGCGGCGAUUUGCAUUCUUGGCUGCACAUAAGCUUCAGUUUCCAGAUGACGCGUUGGCAGAGGGAGUCUACGCCUGGGUCUCCGGCCCAGCUUACGAAACGCCUGCGGAGGGACGGUUCUUGCGAAGUGCUGGUGCACAUGUCGUCGGCAUGAGUACCAUUCCCGAGGUCGUUGCGGCACGCGAGGAAAAUCUGGAAGUCAUAGUUUUGAGUCUCGUUACGAACCUGGUUGUUAUACCCGACACAUAUCGGAGCAUCAAGGCCGAGGUAAAGGCUGAGCUGGCCGGCCUUCCGAUUGAUCGGCCUGAAAUUGGCAGGGCUUCUCACGAAGAAGUAAUUGCAGUUGGUAUAUUGAAGACGGAGGUUAUGAGAUGUUUGGUGGAGCGCGUGGCUGAGCUGGUCUCGUCAGAGAAACCAACGGUUUGAUGGUGGCAGUUAGGGACUGGCAUGUGUCAUGGAAAAGGAUCAUAACUCGGAAAGGAUCAGGAUAACCCGUAAUAUCGCUUCGAUAUUGACGUGGUUUGGUUACACAGUGUACCUCCUGGAGGAACAAACAAUCUUAGAAUACCUUGGUAGCAAUCAGUGCGAAUGUGCAGUCCACUUGUCACCGCGCAGACACGCUCGGCGGAGACGAGCUGUGCUGAGCACCAAGGAUAGAGCCAGCCAAUGACUCAGACCU